AUGGCCUAUGACCGCUACGUUGCCAUCUGCAAACCCCUGCACUAUGGGACCCUGCUGGGCAGCAGAACUUGUGUCCACAUGGCAGCAGCUGCCUGGAGCAGUGGGUUCCUCUGUUCUCUCUUCCACACUGCCAAUACAUUUUCCAUACCUCUCUGCCACGGUAAUGCCCUGAACCAGUUCUUCUGUGAAAUCUCCCAGAUCCUCAAACUCUCCUGCUCACAUGCCUACCUCAGGGAGGUUGGGCUUAUUAUAUUUAGUAUUUUUGUGGCUUUGGGUUGUUUUCUUUUCAUCAUGCUCUCUUACGUGCAGAUUUUCAGGGCUGUGCUGUGGAUCCCCUCUGAGCAGGGACGGCACAAAGCCUUUUCCACGUGCCUCCCUCACCUGGCCGUUGUCUCUCUGUUUGUUGGCACUGCCAUGUUUGCCUAUCUGAAGCCCCCCUCCAUCUCCUCCAAGUCCCUGAAUCUGGUGGUAGCAGUUCUGUACUCAGUGGUGCCUCCAGCUGUGAAUCCCCUAAUUUACAGCAUGAGGAACCAGGAGCUCAAGGAAACCCUAUGGAAACUGGCUCAGUGGGUGCUGUUUCACCAACAAUAA